AUGGACUUUAAAAUCCCAUUCAGUGACAAUAGUGACGAUGAUGACGGUAGUGAUGAUAGUGACGAUGAUGAUGAUUACGAUUUCAUUGAUGAUGAUAAUGAUGAUAACUAUGAUGAUAGCAGUGAUGACAAUGAUGAUAGUGGCGACAAUGAUGAUGAUAGUGGCGAUAGUGAUGUUGAGGAUGGUAGUGACAAUAAAGGUGAAGGAGACUUGGUAGAGUCUAAGGAGAUUGAGUUGGAAUACAUUCAAACAGAUAAGCAAUUGGCUGACAUUCUGACAAAGCCCCUAGAUGCAAAUCGGUUUGAGAUUCUCAGGGUUCUUCGCCCUUGGGACUAUAUGUGUUUAACGGGUCACGCUUGGAAGGAGGAAGAAUUCAAAAUAUCUCUGCUCACCGUUUUGUAUCUCUCUGCUCUUCUACCUAGGGUUUUCUCCUCCGCUUCCUCAAUCUUCAUACCAAAGGCGGAUGCUGUACGUAACAUUAUCAUCAAGCUUGGGAGAAAGAUCCAUUCACCAGAAACAGCCACCAAGCAUGUCAAAACAUUGCUCCAGUUAGCUAUGAAGAAGAAGUUGAAGCUUGAUCCCCUUCUCCGCGAUGAAAUCAUGGUCACCGUGCUGUCCGAUUAUCCAGAGUUCUACGUCGACUAG